AUACAAUAUUGACAAUGAUAUUAAUUCGCCGAAUGAGUUUUUUAAUUCUUAAUUGACCGAACAUUAGCCACCAUUUAUUCCGCAAGUGCUUAUCCAUAGUUUUUUUUAACAAUUUUUUUUUUUUUUUUUUUUGAAAUUCAAGUCUGUGACAUUCUCUUCUGAUUUGUGUACAGAAGUUAAAUUUAUUAUUUUAUAAAUUGACAAGAAAAAAAGAACGAUGACAAGUAAUGGCGAAUCGAUUACUGAAAUACAACAAUUUUUUAAAGGUUCUAACGUUUUUGUAACUGGUGCUACUGGAUUCAUCGGACACGUUCUAGUCGAAAAACUUCUUAGAUCAUGUUUGGUGAACAAGGUGUACCUCCUAGUCAGACCGAAGAAAAACAAAGACCCGCAGACUCGGUUACGCGAAAUGUUCAGUGCCACGCUGUUCACGCGACUGUGGAACGAACAACCGGAUUUCAUCGAAAAAGUGUUGCUCAUCACUGGCGAUUGCGCGAAACCUAAUUUGGGCCUAUCGGCUACCGACGAAGAGUUUAUAGUCGCCAACAUGGAUAUCGUCAUUCAUUGCGCCKCCACGAUCACUCUCAACGGACCACUUAAGCGCACGACUUUCGUCAACGUUAGGUCCACCAGAGAUUUGCUGUUGAUCGCUCGGCGUAUGCAUAGGCUCAAAUCGUUUGUGCACGUGUCCACUGCGUUUGUGAACCCUACUCAAUCGGUUACCGAAGAAAUAAUUUACGAUUGUCACAUACAAGGUGACGUUUUGAUCAAUUUGGUCGAAAACUUGUCCGAUUCGCUCUUGAAUUCGAUAACGCCCGAAUGUUUAGGAGCGUGGCCAAACACGUACACGUUGUCAAAGUGCGUCGCAGAGAAUCUCGUAAAGCAAUAUGGUCAAAACAUGCCAAUAUGUAUCGCUAGACCGUGCGUUGUGACGUUCACUAACGAAGAACCAAUACGUGGCUGGGUGACCACAAUGAAAAGCGUACCUGGUUUAUGUAUGGGCGUGGGUUUGGGAGCUAUACACGUGGUGUACGCGGAUCCAAAUGUUCAAGCAAUAAUCAUGCCGGCCGAUAACGUAGCGAAUAUGAUUAUUACUGCAGCUCAUCAUGCGUCCAAAAAACGUUCAAAACCUACAAUUCCAGUAUUCAAUCACGUUCCAAACCAUAUGGCACCACGUUUGACAUAUGGCCAGAGUUUAAAUUAUAUCGUAGACAUUAUAUCGGAAAAAAAUAUUCAUUCGGAAAAACAGGUUUGGAAACCAAACGUGGUAUUAAUAAAAUCAAGAGUACUAUUUACUAUACUCUUUUUUUUAUAUCAUUAUUUACCAGCAUAUCUAGUUGACAUUUGUUUGUGCAUUACAGGGAAAACACCAAGGGCAACAAAAAUAUACAAAAAAAUGGAAGAUAUGAUGAACGAUAUGAGAUAUUUUGCUAUCAGCAAUUUUAAAUUUGACGACAGACAAUUAAAAGCUCUCAUAUCGUCACAGAGUGAUGAGGAUAACAAACUAUUUAACAUAGACAUAUCAAAUUUAAAAUGGGAGAAAUAUUUCCAUAACACCAUACUUGGAAUUAAAAAAUACAUUUUAAAAGACUCUGAAGAUCCAAAAAUCAGUCAUAAACGCUACCAAAGAAUUAUGGUUGCUUAUUAUACUCUAUCAACAAUAAUUUACGGAAUUAUUUUAUAUUUUUCUUAUGUACUAUUGAAAAUGGUAUUUCCUGUAAAUUAAAACGUGAUUGUAAUAUUAUAUUAUUAUAUAUAUAUAUAUUAGUAUUAGAUUAAAAGUAAAAUACAUUUUAAAAAAUACCUCUUUUUUACUAGAAAAAAAAACUAUGGCGGGUGGAAACUGUUUAUCACAAUAUAGCCACCAGAACGCUAAUUUAAAAAAAUUCCUUAAUACCAAAUAUUGAAUUUUAAUUGCA